GUCAUGAAGUUCAGAAAUGAAGUGCUACUUUUCAUCUUGACCACUUCAACAUUAGUCUUUACCUCCAAUCAAACUAAAAGAAGCGGAAGGUGUUCAUCUUCAGGAGAAGGAAGAUUACAAUACCUUUGGGGUGACGCGCUUACACCAUCUCCUUGUGAUGGCCCUGAUGGCACGUCUUAUCCUUUUCAUGAAGUGGAGCUAUUUAUGAAAAAGUCCAACCUAACUCACCUGGUGGUGAAACGGUCACCAACAAUAGAUCCACAUGAGAUGAGAAACAAUCUACUCGACGGCUGGUUGUCAACCAACGAACAAUCACGGAGAUUAAAUCACGCACGAAAUAUUCCUGGAGAAGGCAAUUAUGAUAAUAAAAGUUAUAAUUCUAGGUGUUCGAUAGAGGGCAGCACAAGACUAUGUUCGAGUGAGAUAAAUACCACAGCGCCAUUGUUUGGUAAAUCUAUGACAUCGGGAAAAACAGUAGCAAUUAUACAGAAGUUUCCAAACUUUCUCCAACAGGUGGUGUACGACGUUUGCGAGUCAGCCGAAUGUAAAGUUCUAAGAGGGCACUGCACGCAGACUUUCACUCCUUUCCUGUUUGUUACUAUACCCAACGGACCAGCUUCUAAGUCACUACAGACUCAACUUAUUUGUUACGUGCUAGUAGAGAGUGGUUGUGUCUGUCGUCUUCCAGAAGAAGUGCUUCAACCUUAGAAGCUACAGACUCAACUUAUUUGUUACGUGCUGGUAGAGAGUGGUUGUGUCUGUCAUCUUCCAGAAGAAGUGCUUCAACCUUAGAAGCUACGGACUCAACUUAUUUGUUACGUGCUAGUAGAGAGUGGUUGUGUCUGUCGUCUUCCAGAAGAAGUGCUUCAACCUUAGAAGCUACAGACUCAACUUAUUUGUUACGUGCUGGUAGAGAGUGGUUGUGUCUGUCGUAUUCCAGAAGAAGUGCUUCAACCUUAGAAGCUACGGACUCAACUUAUUUUAUACUUUUACUAAAAUAUUAAGGAUACGAUAUAAUGCUUAAGUUAUUUUAUUUUACUAAGUUGUUACCUAUAAACAAUGGUGUAGUGUAGAUUUUAUCCUGCUGGAGCUCUGCCAAAAUGUGUCACACGUGUGACGUCACCAUAUUUCAUAGUCAAAACUUAAUAUCCA